CGCGAUAAUUCCCUUCGACAACAUUGUACGUGGCUUCACAGCUGAGCACAGUACUGGGAGUGUUUACUGGGUACUACUGGUUUAAGCUAACAUUACAGAAAUGCGUGUUGAUAACGUACGAAGGUCAAAUAAAUGCUGAGUGUUGUGAGUUGAUACAUUUGAGUUCGAACACGGAGCGGUAACGUUACCUUCCUCGUCACCCAGCAGCAGCAGCAGCAGCAGCAGCGGAGCCUGACUGAUCAUCCAGCCCGGGGUUGAUAUGGCAGAGAGAGGGUCGACGGGUGAAUUCUCCGGCUCUCUGACGAGCUCGACUCUUCCUCCGCCGAGGACCCGCAUCUUUAAAAUAAUCGUGAUCGGGGACUCCGGGGUCGGGAAGACCUGCCUCACUUACCGCUUCUGUGCCGGCAAAUUCCCCGAGAAGACCGAGGCCACGAUCGGUGUGGACUUCAGGGAGAGGCUGGUGGAGAUUGACGGCGAGAAUAUCAAGAUCCAGCUGUGGGACACUGCAGGCCAGGAGCGCUUCAGGAAGUCCAUGGUACAACACUACUACCGUAAUGUGCACGCCGUCGUCUUUGUCUAUGACGUCACCAACGCCGCCAGCUUCCGCAGCCUCCCUGCCUGGAUCGAGGAGUGCAAGCAGCACGCUCUGGGCACAGAGGUUCCAAGGAUCCUAGUGGGGAACAAGUGCGAUCUCCAAGACUCCAUCCAAGUGGGAACGGACGUGGCGCAGCAGUUUGCCGACGCCCACUCCAUGCCACUAUUUGAGACGUCUGCAAAGAACCCGAACAGCCAGGGGGACGGAAGCUGCGGAAACAGUGACCACGUCGAGGCUAUUUUUAUGACGGUUGCCCACAAGCUCAAGUCUCAGAAGCCUUUGGUGUUAAGCCAGCCACCCGGAGGAUCAGGGGGCUCCAUCAACCUGAGCAGGGGGAGGGAUGAUAGUGGAGACGGGGGUAGGGGCUGGGGCUGCAGCAGCUGCUGAGGGAGAAAGAUGGAGACAAAGAGGAAGAGGACUUCAGCGUGAGGCUGCACCGAGUCGAUGAGCUUGAAAACGGGAGAAACCGAAGAAGCAGUGGAGGUCUAAAAGGAAAGGAUGGAUCAAGCAAAACGGUUUCACAAUCAGAAACACACAUACAGUAUGAAUGUGUCCAUAAAGACAGAAGCACAAGCUCGUGCUCACAUUUCUAAAUGACCUUAAAUGUUUUUUUGGGUUGUAUUUACAGUAUGAUUGUUGUUUUUCUUGGAACGCCAAAAUCUACUGUUGGUUCAUGGAAAUGAUCCUAACUUGGCCAAAAAUCUGAUUUUAAGUCAGUCCUGAGCCUGCACCACCGAAGUUUCAGUUCACCUACCUACAUGGGUUCAGUGGCAGAAAACACAGGGACACAGUGGCAUUAAUAAAUAACGUAAAGAGCACCUGAGAUUGUUGGGAGGAAAAAGUGUCAUCCAUGGAAAUGUCUUUUUUUAUGACAGCUUGUGAGAUGUUAAAUGCAAAUGUCUGCCUCUUGUGGGAACAAUGAGCCGAAACAACUUCCACUGUCACACAUCAGCCAAAAAAACAAAACAAAAUCUCAUCGUGAAGAAGCACCUACUGGCCAGGAUACACAACUUGCAUUCAUUUUUAUCAGGAAAUCAAAAUGUGACUUUUUUUUAUGCCAAUUGAUGGAAAGAGGAAAAAAUAACAGAACACCUUACAUUAUAAUACAAUCCAACAUUACAGACUACCACAUAUAUGACAUGUUAUUUAUAUAGUCAGUUACCUGAGACCAACUCUGCUAGUUUUUAAGUUUGUGGUAAUGUGGUAAUGCCCUCAUA